ACAUCAUAUCAACGUUAAACAUUGGAUAUGGCAAUCUCUUAAAAAAUCAAUAAUAUGCUUGUAAACAAGAAAUACAUGUGGGGGAAAAUAUAAGCUCUGUCGUAACGUUUUGUACAGUGAGUUUUAUUAUUUCGCUACUUCUAGUUGUUUUGCGUUUUUUCUUGUACAUUAUAGAUUUAAGGUGAGUAUGGAUACGGCAAAUGUGGGAUAUUCCUACCAUCUUCCUACUGCAGGAUGGAACUACAAAAUACGGAACACUUUGUCUCAAUUCAGUGAUUUAUUUAGUGAGUUUAAUAAAUAUAUUGCACCUGCUUAUCAUCAUGAUCGCUGUGAGAGGUCCGUGCCAAUGAGGAUCUAUUCUAUGCACAAAGGGGAAUUUGUAAUGGUUUUUAUAGCAUUUUUUGCUUGCUUCGGCCUAGGUGUCUUCAUAGGACUUGCAGGACCUUCUCCAACGUCAAUGACGUCAGUAGCGGGAAGUAGCGUGCUGGCUAACGCGAGCGAAGUGUUCCGUGGGCCGUACUCGCUGCGCAGUCCCGCGCUCGGUACGCGCUCACAGCAGCUAUGGCUGUUCGCUGAGAUACUUACCAACAACAAUGACGAGGAAAUAUUCGACAAAAGUUUUCAGAUUAGUAUAUCAAUAGAUGGAGUACUAAGUGAUCAUUCCACAACUAACUUGCUGCCCGAAUCUGAUGCCACAAAUAGAACACAACAUCUUAAAUGUAAAAAACAAAUAUGUGAAGAGGUGAUGGUGUUACAUCUGGGUGCAUUGGAGUUCACACAUUACGUACUCAAUAUACGGUUCUAUGGAUUACAGGAAUUCCAUAAGCGCUACUUUAUACGAGAAAUUGUGUUCUACUUUAAAACGUACAAUCCAGCCUUUACACAAAUGGAGACGUGGUUUCGAUUUAUUUUUUUAUUGACAACAUUUACAGUAGCGUGUUGGUUUGCACAUUCUCUAAGGAAGUAUUCAACACAAGACUGGGCGAUAGAACAAAAAUGGCUGUCAAUACUGUUACCUUUACUUCUUCUUUACAAUGAUCCAUUAUUCCCGUUGCGACUGGUGUCAACAGGGUGCUUCGCGCCAUUUAUCGAUACGGUUUUUCAAUCGAUGUUCCUCAUCUGCGUCCUUCUGUCUUGGCUAGCUUUAUACCAUGGACUUAGACAAAAUGAAAGACGAUUCUUAUCAUUUUAUUUGUUCAAAUUAAUAAUAGUUGGACUCGUGUGGAUGCCCGUCAUGAUCAUCACCGUCUGGCAAAAAUAUUACGCUUUCUAUGAUCCAACUUUUAACUACGCUUUGAAUACCAAUUACCCAGUUAUCAAGAUUGUAUUCUUCGGCGCCAUCACUCUUUAUUUCUUAUACUUACUCGUUCUCAUCAUCAAAGCGUAUAGUGAUCUGCGCAAUAUGCCUUUCUUUGACAUAAGACUUCGCUGCCUGUCCAUAAUAGUCGGUACUGUGACGACUAUAACGACAUUGCUGGCGCUCCAGUCGUGGGGGCCUGCAGCGCUGCAGGACCACUGGGCAUCGCAGCCCAAGGUCACCUAUGACACAUCCGCCCCUUUCAUGGCACUCUAUGGUUUAUUUAACUUCAAAAUGUAUCUAUUAGCAUAUCUGUUCUCACCUGGCAUUGGAUCUAUACACGAAACUGCCAUAACCAAAGACAAUCCGGCGUUCUCUAUGAUCAACGACUCGGACGAAGAAGUGAUCUACGGUUCCGAUGAGGAAAGCCGACGGCCGCUCAAUUCGCACCGCAGAGUCAGCCAUGAAGAUAUUUAA